AUGGACUCUCCUCGCCCCUUCCAGGUUUCACCAGUGGCAGACACCAUUUUCCAGGGCAUCCAUAGAGGGAACCUGUUCUCUGUUCCCCACUUCUCCACGGCUUCACCUUGUCCUCAAGUAAAAGUGAAAACAAUUGAAUCCAAAACAUGUUCCCCCAAAGACUAUUUGGAAACCUUCAUCUUUCCAGUUUUGCUUCCUGGAUUGGCUAGCCUGCUUCACCAAGCAAAGACUGAAAAAUGUUUUGAGAGGAAACGAACAAAAUUUGUUGCCUGUGAUUUUCUGACAGAGUGGUUAUACAAUCAUAACCCAAAGAGGAUGGAUGAACUGUUCACAGAAUUCUACUCUAUUCCAUUUGUGGCUGACUGGCUCAAACAUCAUCCCCGGCCACCAAUCCCACUCUCCCUCCUGCUGACAGAAGAGGAAGCAGCUCUCAUCAUUCAAUCCUUCUGGAGAGGCUAUCUGGUUCGCUGCGAUCCUGAGAUCCAAGAGUUGCGUCAGUGGCAGAAGAAGUUACGUGAAGACAAGCACAUUCGCCAGCGAGUCAAGAUGUUCUGGGCCAAACAAGAACAAAAAGUGAAGAGCAAAAUGGAGGAGGACGAGGCAGAUGCAGCCGAGUCCACCAUCCUAAGGACCACUGGGGUCUCUUCCGGCCAGCGCUCCACGCCCCCAUGCUCGUAAAAUGUGCGUCUUUCACACCGGUACCCGGUCUCUAAGAAACAGGAAUCUACCACCCCCCACCCCCACCCCCAUUGCAAACACGCUUUAGGACAAUUAUCAAAGUCUUACCUUUCUGCCCCCAAUCCAGCCAUUUCAUCCAGCUCUUUCGUGCUACAGGCACCUUGUACACCAACCACGGCUGACCUGACCAAUGAACUCCACUUCCGAGAGACUUAGAAAAUGCUCUGGUUACCAGGCUCCCAGCUGCUUUUUCAAUUAAACUCAACUCCCUAAAAUGGGUUUUCCGUUUACAUGGUGACUACAACUUUCCUCAAAAAACAACCCAAGAAGAUAUCCUUGUGAUCAUUUCCAAAGCGGACAGCUCUUAAUGCAAACCCCACAAGGAGGGACAGUUCAACGCUGACCACAUGAGAGAGAGGACGGGCCUCAGCCUAGGGGACCCGUCUGCUUACCGCCCUCUGCUUUGCUGUUCACCAAGCCUCGCUUCCACACCGGACUCAGCCCCGAGGCAGACUCCGCAGCCUCACACUUGUGUUAGGGGGUUUUGCCAAGCUAGCACACGUCUUACGUAAAUAGUAAAGCCUUUAUUUGGGUGUUAAGAACAGCAUUUUGAAAAUAAAACCUACCUGCUCAUGCUUUUUACCUUUAAAAUUUGUAAUAUCUAUAUGUCUAUACAUGUUCAUUUAUGAUACACAUUGAUUAUCUGGAAAUUUCUUGAAUGCUUUAAAAAAAUAUGCAACAGUCAGCCAGGGGAGAUGAAACGCUAUAAAACACACAUUAAUAUAUUUAAUAAAUAUAAUUAUG